AUGGAAACGGUGAAGUUUUUGGUGUUUGUGUUGUUGCUCUUCUCUCUCAACUGUCAACUAACCAUGGGAGAAGGAGAAGUAAGUGUAAGUACAACAUUCUGCACUACAACAUACGGCGAUGGACAUAAACCUCUUGGCACCGAAGAUAAGGCUGCCAUCAAUGAAUUGCUUGGAUGUUCAAAAUUGAUUUCUAGCGAGAAGUGUGUCCCUAAUCCAACAAAUACUAUUAUUUGCGACUGCAAUCUCGAAGACAAAAUUUGCCGGGUGACAGAAAUUCGUUUCUCAUACCGGAGUUUUGAAGGUGAAUUGCCAGAAACGAUCGGAGAACUUAAAAAUCUAAGUAAACUUGUGUUGUAUGGAAACAAGUUUCUUGGCAAGAUUCCGGAGUCAUAUGCAAAUCUAACGAAUCUAAAGCAUUUGGAUCUUAAAGACAACUCAUUGGAAGGACCAAUACCCCCCUUUCUUGGUGAUAUGAAGUUGGAAUUCUUGGAUCUAUCUGAUAAUUUAUUUAAUGGUUCAAUUCCAGUUCAAUUGGGUUCCCUCGUAAACCUAACUUCACUAGAUUUGAGCAAUAAUUUAUUGUCAGCAAAAAUUCCAAGUGCAGUGGGGAACUUUAAGAGCCUGGUGACUUUGGACCUUAGUGACAACGAACUCACGGGUCCUCUACCCGACCAUCUUGGAAAUCUAACUUGUCUUGAGAAUCUAUAUCUACAAAAUAACAAAUUUGUUGAUGCAUUGCCGCUAAGAAUCAUGGAUAUGAAGAAGCUGAUUAAAUUCGAUGUUCGAGGGAACGACUUGACUGGACGAAUCCCAGAUUCUAUUGGCCAACUACUGAACCUCCAAUACUUGUAA